AUGGAUAUGACAGAAGCAAAUCUAGACGCAGACCAUCAUGACAAACAGCAGGGCUGGCCUGCCGUGGCCGCCGGGUCCGCGAUUUUCUUCAUGUACCUGGGUCUCACGUAUUCCUACGGGAUUGUACAGCUGCAUCUUACGCGGCAAGGCCUGGCACCUCCCUCAACGCUCUCCUUCAUCGGAUCCGUCGGGGCUGCUCUGGCGCCUCUAACGGGCAUGCUGGUUGCGCGAGUGAUGCGUCGGAUCGGAUACCGCCGUACCGCUUGUCUUGGGUCUCUAUUGUUGGGAUUGGGCGAGUUCACGGCCGGGUGGUCGACUUCUUCUGUGCCGGCAAUGUUCAUCACACAAGGGGUUUUAUUCGGGUUGGGAGCUUCGUUGUUAUUCCUACCCGCGGCUACUGUCCCUUCGCUGUGGUUCAAGCGCAAACGAGGCCUGGCGACAGGCAUCGUGUACGGCGGCGCAGGGGUUGGAUCGGCCGUGAUCUCGCUGUCGAUGGAGAAACUGAUCCAGACCAGCUCAAUCAGAACAGCGAUGAAGAUCUUGGGCGCGGCUGCGUGGGCUGUCUGUCUCCCGGCGUCGUAUUUCCUCACGGCGCCAACGCCAACAGGUAGUGAUGCUCUCACUGCUCCCACCACUUCUAUCUUUACCAUCAGAUUUCUAUUGAUGCUGGUCAUGGGAGCGAUAGCGACCUUCCCCCUAUUUGUCCCUCCCUUCCUGCUCCCGCUUUAUGUCACUUCCAUCGGCCUCUCCAGCCAGAUGGCUUCCUGGGUCCUUGCCGCCUGGAACCUGGCCUCGGCUCUUGGUCGGGUCGGGAUGGGACUGGGGGCAGAUACCCUCCUGGGACCCGUGAACAGCCUGUUUCUCGCGCUGGCGGUUACAGGCGUGAGCACAAUUGCCCUGUGGCCGUUUGCCUCCUCGCCGGGCCUGCUGGUCUGUUUUGCCAUCUUGAAUGGCAUCGGAUCGGGCGGCUUCUUCAGUCUCAUGCCUGUCGUCGUGGGCGCCGUGUUUGGAGACGGCCAACUGGCCAGUGUCAUGUCGCGGUUGACGACCUCAUGGACAUUCGGUUAUUUCUUGGGGAGUCCUAUCGCAGGGUAUCUGCUGGACGCCUAUGGUGGGACAGAAGCCGGGCUUGCUGCCUUUCGCCCGGCCUUCUCCUACUCGGGCUCCUUGACGCUUGCGGGGGCUGGGUUGGUUUUGGCGGUGCGCUUCAUGCUAGAGAAGCGCAUUUUCACCAGAGUAUAG